AUUGUCCACCCGUUAGCCACAAACACGAACACUCACUCUCUCACAAAAUCGAAAAGUUCGAAAUCUUCUGUGGAAGCUCCGAUCGAUCGUCACUAUGAAUAUGUUGGAAUCUCCUAUUGACGCUCUAGCUUUCGGCUAUGUGAACUAUGGGAUUCUCAAUAUAGUCAAUAACCUCUGGACCUGGGUAGCCUUUGUAACGGCGGCAGUCAGUUUCUGGCGAAUCCGAACAGCCGGAGCCGCAUCUGUUUCCGUGAAAUGUCUCCCACCGGUUUCUCAGAAGGUUCGCGAGGUACCUCAACCCGACAGACCGGUUGAGAAUCCGCGACUUCAAACUCCAGCUCCGGCUGCGGCUUCGAGUGAGGCGGUCAGCGAUUUCGAAUUUAACGGAGUGACGAGAGGGAAAUAUACGGUGUAUUACGAGGAUGAUGGAGAAAGUGACGGCGGGUUAACGGGGGUUAGAGAGUGGGAGUAUAAGGAGAGUGGCGUGCUGUGCGGGGAGUGGCGGGAGAGUUGGGAGAGCGUGUUGAGGACGAGAAGCGGAGAAAUGAGUUGGUACGGUUACCAGGACUUGACGGUGAUUAACGGUAACGUCGUCAGGUUAUGGGAUGGUGGUGAUUGGAAGGAAAAGUAGAGAGGCACAAGCAGUGGUGUUUGGUAGGGUGGGUUAAGUUUAUCCGGGGCAAAAUGCAAUUUUUAAUAAUAUAGGUUGGUUGUUUAAUUAGGAAUCAAUGAUGGAAGAUGUAUAUAUGUAAUUUUUGUUGGGUGGAACCACCCUAUGAAACCAGACAAUGAACUUAAUUGUUGUUUUAGCCUAAAUAGUAGAUUAAUUAUCAUUCUUUGCUA